GAUGCGCUGGAUCACUUCAAUGUCUCAGAACAUGCAGGAUUAUCGCAAGAUGCCGUGCUCAAAUCUAGACUGAAGUAUGGACCCAAUGCCCUGGCUGAAGAACCCCCGACUCCCCUGUGGGAAUUGAUCCUGGAGCAAUUCAAGGACCAGCUGGUCCUUAUCCUAUUGGGCUCCGCUGCUGUGUCUUUUGUUUUGGCCCUGUUCGAAGAAAGUGAUGACUGGACUGCCUUCGUAGACCCGGCUGUCAUUCUUACUAUUUUGAUUCUCAAUGCGGUUGUGGGUGUUACCCAGGAAAGCAGCGCCGAGAAGGCAAUUGCGGCACUCCAAGAAUAUUCGGCCAACGAGGCCAAGGUCGUUCGCGGUGGAAAAACCCAGCGUAUCAAGGCUGAGGAUCUCGUACCUGGUGAUGUGAUCCAUAUUGCUGUCGGCGAUCGAGUCCCUGCCGACUGCCGUCUUAUCUCCAUCCACAGCAACAGCUUCCGGGUUGACCAGGCUAUCUUGACUGGUGAAAGUGAAAGUGUCGGCAAGGAAACCGGCGCUAUCAAGGAUCAACAGGCUGUCAAGCAGGAGCAGCUUAACAUGCUUUUCUCGGGUACCACCGUGGUCAAUGGCCAUGCCACUGCCCUGGUUGUUUUGACUGGUGGAUCGACCGCCAUUGGUGACAUCCACGACAGCAUUACUUCCCAGAUCUCGGAGCCAACUCCAUUGAAGCAGAAGCUGAAUGACUUUGGUGACAUGCUCGCCAAGGUGAUUACCGUCAUCUGCGUCCUGGUUUGGCUCAUCAAUAUUGAACACUUCAACGACCCCUCCUUCGGUGGAUCUUGGACCAAGGGUGCUAUCUAUUACUUGAAGAUUGCGGUGUCUCUCGGCGUGGCAGCUAUUCCCGAAGGUCUCGCCGUGGUUAUUACCACUUGCUUGGCUCUUGGAACUCGGAAGAUGGCUCAGAAGAACGCAGUUGUUCGGUCCCUUCCCUCAGUGGAAACCCUGGGUAGCUGUAGUGUGAUUUGCUCCGAUAAGACAGGAACCUUGACCACCAACCAGAUGAGCGUGGAGAAGAUUGUUUACCUGGCUAGCUCUGGCAAUGGCGUCGAGGAGAUUGACGUCGAGGGUACUACCUUUGCCCCAGAGGGCCAGCUGUCCCACAACGGUAAAGUGGUUGGAAACCUCGCAGUGACCUCGUCUACUAUUCGCCAACUUGCUGAAGUUACCGCCAUUUGCAACACCGCUACCCUGUCUUAUGAUGCUAAGAGCCGUACUUUCUCGAACAUUGGUGAGCCUACCGAGGCAGCUCUCCGUGCCUUGACUGAGAAGAUCGGUACCAAUGAUCCCGCCGUGAACAAGGAACUUUCCUCCCUCCCGUCUUCUGAGAGAUUGCACCUUGCCAGCUCCCACUACGAAUCCCGUCUUCCCCUCCAGGCUACCUACGAAUUCUCUCGUGACCGCAAGAGUAUGUCAGUGCUUGUUGGCAAGGGUAAAGAGCAGAAGCUUCUGGUCAAAGGUGCCCCCGAAUCAAUCCUGGAACGCUGCUCUCAUAUUUUGCAAGGAUCCGAAGGAGCGGAGGUCCCCCUUUCCAAGAAACACGCCAAACUGCUUUCUGAACAAGUGGUUGAAUACGGUAAUCAGGGUCUCCGCGUCAUGGCUAUCGCCAGCGUGAGCGACGUUUCUGGCAACAAACUACUACACAACGCAACUUCUACUGAGGAUUACGCUAGACUGGAGCAGAACAUGACUCUGAUUGGUCUUGUUGGCAUGUUGGAUCCCCCGCGCCCCGAGGUUGCGGGCGCAAUCAAGAAAUGUAAAGAGGCUGGUAUUCGUGUCAUUGUCAUUACUGGUGAUAGCCCCAACACCGCCGAGUCUAUCUGUCGCCAAAUCGGUAUCUUUGGACCCAAUGAGGAUCUCACGGGCAAGAGUUUCACCGGCCGUGAAUUUGACAACCUGAGCGAGAGUGAGCAGAUGAAGGUGGUUGAGACCGCAUCCCUGUUCUCCCGCACCGAGCCUUCCCACAAGUCCAAGUUGGUCGAUCUGCUUCAGUCCAUGAACCACGUCGUUGCCAUGACUGGUGACGGUGUAAAUGAUGCUCCCGCGCUCAAGAAGUCCGAUAUUGGUGUUGCCAUGGGUACUGGUACCGAUGUGGCCAAGCUUGCUGCCGACAUGGUUCUCGCCGAUGACAACUUUGCCACGAUCACUGUCGCCGUCGAGGAAGGUCGGUCGAUCUACAGCAACACUCAGCAGUUCAUCCGCUACCUGAUCUCGUCCAACAUUGGUGAGGUUGUUUCUAUUUUCCUCACUGCCGCCCUUGGUAUGCCCGAAGCCCUCGUUCCUGUCCAAUUGUUGUGGGUCAACCUUGUCACCGAUGGUCUGCCUGCUACUGCUCUGUCUUUCAACCCCCCCGACCACGAUGUCAUGAAACGUCGUCCUCGUCGCCGUGACGAGCCGCUCGUUGGUGGUUGGCUUUUGUUCCGCUACAUGGUCAUUGGUACCUAUGUGGGUGUUGCUACCGUUUUCGGUUAUGUUUGGUGGUUCAUGUACAACCCCGAGGGUCCCCAGAUCUCGUAUUACCAGCUGUCUCACUUCCACCGUUGCUCUUCUCAAUUCCCCGAGAUUGGCUGCGAAAUGUUCACCAAUGAUAUGGCCAAGUCUGCGUCCACUGUGUCUCUCUCCAUCCUGGUGGUUAUUGAGAUGCUGAACGCGAUGAACGCCCUUUCAUCCAGCGAGUCUUUGUUCACCUUCUUCCUGCACAACAACCCGAUGCUGGUGUACGCCAUCACUCUUUCGAUGGGUCUCCACUUUGCUAUUCUCUAUAUUCCCUUCCUACAGGGUCUGUUUGCCAUCAUCCCUCUCGACUGGAUGGAAUGGCAAGCUGUUCUGGUGAUCAGUGCACCUAUCCUCAAAUUUGUGGAGCGUCGUCUAGACACGAGCCAUGUUGUUGAUGCCGCCGUCGCCCAGAACGGUGCCGCCGGCAAGCCCAAGCGCGCAUAA